AUGGGAGACAAGACCAGCCCGGAGGAUGGGUGCGAUCCUCUUGUCAACCAGCAAAUCAGCGCUCUUCUGGUGGCUCUGCCGCUUAGCGACGAAUCAAACGACACCAGAUCUCAGCCUUACAGCGUCCGAACAGGGGGCUAUGACGGCACCCCGCUCGUUGGGUCGAUCCGAUCCAGCCAACCGAAGAUGAGACCGCUGCUUUUGUUGUCCCAAGGGGCAACUCCUCGCCGCUACUCUCCCGAGCCCGCCGCCCCGGGACAGGCCUCGACCCCGCGAUCAGCCGAGCCCGUCGAUAUGAAGCGGCUCCUGGCGCCUUCGGUGAGCGCAUAUGCGUACAACGCCCAAGCAGUUCGAGAUGAGGAAGACGCCCUGAAAAAGGGCCGGGCUGCGCCGCCGGCGCGAUCGUACAAGCCCCUUGCCCUGCGUCUGCCGUAUAUCAUUGUCCAGAUAUUCGUCCUUUGCAUCGCCUUGGCCCUUACGGUGUACGCGGUCGUGUCAAUGCCCGACUCGGACAGCUCAGACCGCGACAUCCCCGGCGAGGUGCGCAGCAGCACCCUCCGGUCGGCAGGGGCGUCAUCCUCGUCGACGCCCCCCGCCGAAGCCGGUCGGACGGGUGCUCUUUUGGGACGGGCCGUCGGGACCUCCAAGAUUGUGGUCACCUCGGUUAUUGUGACGGUUGCGUCAACGACUGUUACCAGGCCCGCGACGACGGUGACAAGCACGAGGCCGCGCCCGGACCCCGUGCCAGAUACCACCUUCAGCAGUUCGAGUCGGACUAUUAGAAUCCCUUCCAAAACCAGGUUCACCACCACUUUUGUCACCAUCUCUCGAGCAACCGAGACUUUACCGGGUUCCUGGUAUAUCACGGGUAACGUGACGAUGACGAGGCCCGGGAUCACCACCACCAGAACUUCUGCCGUGACGGUUACCAGGACCGGCGGUGGCGGCGGGACGGAACAGAUACCCAUCCCGGGGCCGUCGACCGAGCUGAUCGAGAAAGUGGUCAAUGGGGAAAUCACAGUUAUCACUAUCCCCCAUGAACCCGAAACCAAAGUAGUCGACAACCCGGCCACCGUCGUCGUACCAUACACGCCACCGGCCGAAACAGUCAUCGUGACGGUGGGAGGGUCAGACUCCCUUGCGCCCGCUGUGAUUGUGGUUAAUCCCACGGCAGAGCCACAUAUGUCUCCGCUCAUAGCCGGUCAGGCCGUAACCGCCUUCCAGCCAAUCGUCUUUACCGCCAUCUCGGUGAUUGGGGGGACACUAGUUACAUCCGUGGUGACGGUUGUAACAACAGGCGCCGACGGCCUGCCGACGACGGCCACGGUGACUUCCGUCUUCAUGCUCGGAGGCAUGACCACAAAUGUGCUGGUGACGACAACACCUACGGGGACGUUACCCCUGACACUCACUGUAGCUACGACGCGGGGGGUGUCGCUGGUCACAUCCGUCUUCACGCCUCCACCUACCAGCGUCACGUCGGUGAUCAGCGGCCGCUCCACCACCAUCGUUUCUACACCGCCGCCGCGCACAUCGACGAGUACCGGCUCGAGCUCGACGAUCACCUCGACCUCGAUCUCGACCCCGAAUCCGAAGUCGACCUCGGAUUCGUUUGUCGUCGUCGCGACCGAGGUCAAAGAGAACAUCGGGGAGGCCCAGUAUUUCGCGGGCGUUUUCCUGCCGCUGCUGGUCUGCCUCGUGCUGGCCGCGGGCCUGCGCAUCAUCGACAACCAGGCCAAGCUCUUCCAACCCUUCUUCGCGCUGAGCUCGCCACACGGUGCCAGUGGGGCCGAGUCCCUCACGCUGCAGUACGCCGGGCCCAUCGGCUGGAUCAAGCCCAUCGUCAUGGGCCAGCCGAUCCCGCUGCUCUCGCAGUCGAUCCUGCUGCUCUCCUCACUCAUGGUGCCGCUCUCGGCCGAGGCCCUAGGGGUGAGGUUGCACGGGGGCUGCGGGCCGGCGUCCCCGUCGGGCUGCACGGCGCGCCUCGGCGUAUCGCCCAGGCCCGCGUACGCUCUGAUCGUCGUCCUGGCCGUCGCCAUCGUCCUCCUCGCCGGGCUGGCAGUGAUGCUGCACCGCGCGCGCACGGGCCUCUCGGCCAACCCCUGGAGCGUGGCCGGUAUCGCGAGCCUGGCGGCGAACCCUGAGAUCCGCGUGCUCGAAGGGGACGAGGCCACCAUGACGGCCGCCAUGACCACGCGCGGGCGGCGGUAUGGCUUUGGUCGCUACGAGGGCUUCGACGUCGAGGGCGAGUACGGCAUCGUGCUGCUGGAGGACCCGGAUCGGGAUAUCGGACGGCUCCUCCUGCAGCAACAGCCCGGGUCGGACCAGGAGGAGGGCAGCGACCGCGCCUCGUUCCGGCUCGGCGGCCCCGUGCCGGAGCCCGCGGCGGCGCGGUUCCUUGCGCUCACGGUGAUGUGGCGGGCCGCGUUCGCGGUGUUCCUGGGCGGCAUCUUCGGCCUGGUGCUCUACUACCACCUGACGCUGGGCCAGCAGUCCGGGUUCAAGACCUUUAUGGACUCGCACUCGUUCGGCGUGCGGUUCCUACUCGCGCUGGCGGGCGUCGUCGUGACCUUUUUCUGGCUUGCCCUCUUCUCGUCGGUGACGUGCAUGAUGCCCUUCAAGGCCAUGGCGCGCCGCCCGCAGCCGCCCGAGCGCUCCAUCCUCGUGUCACGCACGUCCAACGGCUUUUACGGUUUGUACCGCGCCGCGCGCCAGCGCGAGCCCUACACCUUUCUGGUGGCGCUCAUGACGUGCCUGGCCGAGGCCCUGCCCGCCGUGCUGUCCAACGUGCCGUACAAGGCCACGCAGACGCUGGCGUCGCACGUGGCGUGCGCCCGCAUUUCGCUCGUGGUCCUGGGCGCCAUGCUCGCCGUCCUGCUCGCCUCCUUCGCGCUCGAUUGGCCCGCCCUCCCGGCCGACCCGCGCUCCGUGGGCGGGCUCAUGUACUACGUGACCGACUCGUACUUUGUGGCCGACCUGCGCGGCGUCUCUACCCUCGACGGCGAGGUCAGGUCGCGCCGCGUCCGGGAGCUCGGGCGUAGGUUCUACUACGCUGAAGGCUUCUGCGGCCGGUCCGGGCUCCGGCGCAGGGGAGGCAUCGACUCCGACGCCGGCCCGGACGGGCAACUGGGCCGGGUGGAGACUGAGUAUAAGUCUGCGGCCCCGGUGUAUUACUAG